AUGGCUACUGCAUUGAAUGUGUUACCCAGUAUGUCGAUUUUCAACUUCGAGAUCACUCCGUGGAUACGCUCAGAUGCCCCGAAUGUGGAAAUCCGUUGGAUCACACUAUCAUCCAGUCCUACGGAAAUAAGGAUUUAUUUUGCUUUCAACGGCAUCCUCUCUAAUAUGGACAAUUUCAUUUGGUGUCCCCUUGGUUGCGGGCAAGGUCAACUGCUCAACCCCAGAGAAAGCCAGCCGUGGGUUUUCUGCCCCAACGAUAGGGACUACUUCUGCGUCCGCCACAGAGUUGCCUGGCACCAUGGUUUUACCUGCGAGGCAUUCGACGCCUUGACCAACCGCCAGAGCUUCCAACACGAAGUCCCGAUACAGACUCAUCAACGAGACGCCGACCAGAAACGAAAAGAAAAAGAAGAAUUGGAGCAGCGUCGGGCGAGGUUAGCAGCCGAAGAGGCUGCCACAGACAAAAUUACAAUGCUUUGCGAAAGAUGCCCGAGAAGAAUUAUCAAGGACGGUGGUUGGUGA